AUGGAGUAUCUUAAUUUAUUAAAGAUUUAUAGUUUUUACGAGUUUACAGUAUGUCUAAUAAAGCUUUAAUAUAAAAAAAGUGAAUUAUGUUAAUUAGUUGAACAUAAAAAUAAUAGUGCUGAAUUUAUUAAUGUAAAAGGUUAUAUUGUUCAAUCGAAAAUGAAAAGUUUGAUUAAUGAGUUAUUAUGGUGA